AAUACUACCCAGCCUCGCGCUGCCAUUGACUCGACAGGCUGGUACCACUCUCUUCUCUUCUUUCCUUAGAUCUUAAAGUUUAUUUUACCUUUCGUUGAUCUCGAAAGCGUCUACUUUUUAUUUCGUACUAUCAUUUCAGCGACACAGUUUCAGACUUCGUCAACAUGAAGUAUAUAAUCAUCGCAUCUCUCCUUUCCGCCGCGGCCGUCGCUGCUCCCCUCGCUCAGCAGGGCAACGGCAACACUAAUGUCAAUGGUGGACAGGCUACCCAGGCUGGUGGCUUGCCCGCUGGACAGCAGAUCGAUCAGACCGGUCAGCAGCAGCAGCAGACUGGAAACAACCAACAGCUCCAGAACGGACAGCAGCUCCAGAAUGGACAGCAACUCCAGAACGGGCAGCAACUACAGAAUGGACAACAGCUCCAGAACGGACAGCAGAAUGGCAACAUUCAAGGCCAACAAAACGUCAAUGGCCAACAGGGCGUCAACAACCAGAACAACCAGAACCUCCCCACUGCCGGAACCUCCGCACAAGGCACGCCCAGUGACGCCGAUCUCGCAACCGCCGUCGCGAAUUGGAUGGCUGAUACCAGCAUGGUGUCCAACUUCCUCAACACCGGCGCGGGAAUCACGAACAACGUCGCCUUCAAGCAAGCCGCAACCGUCGCCCUCAACGCCGAGGUUGACGAACUCACGCACAAGGCUAUCAUCGACCAAGCCAACGGCGCCGACCCCAACGUCCAGGCUGCGAACAGCACUCUCGCUACCGCAGGUGCCUUCCAGGACGUCGUCGACAGACUCAUGACUAUGUCUAUUCAGGGCCGUGCUGCCGUCGACAACAUCGACCUGAUCAACCAGAACCGCUGCACUAACGUGCUCCCCAACAUCGAUGCCUACAUGGCAUCCACCGGCUCAGCCAGCCGCGCAGUCCGUCCCCAGGUCUGCGACGAGACGGGCAUCACAGGCGGUGUCCAGAGCCAGGGUCCCACCCAGCCCGGAGGCCAGCCUGGUACUCCCCAACAGGCGUUCGAUGCCGCUGCCGCGUUGGCAUCUGGCACUGGAAACGGCAUCGUUGGCCAGACUCAGGGCCAGGGUCAGGGUCAGGUUCAGCAGGGUGGACAGGUCCAGCAGGGACAGCAGAUCCAGCAAGGACAGCAGAACGGUCAGCAGAUUCAGGAUCCUACUCAGCAGCAGGCCGGACAGCAGGUCCAGGACCCUACCCAGCAGCAGGCUGGCCAACAGAUCCAAGAUCCCACCCAGCAGGGACAGCAGGCCGGUAACGCCAACCAGCAAAUCCAGCAGAACGGCCAGCAACAGCAACAGCAGCAGCAGACCGGAAACGCGAACCAGCAGCAGGCCGGCCAGACCCAACAGGGACAGACUCAAAACGGCCAAACCCAGGCCGGCCAGCAGCAGCAACAGUAAAGGGCGUAGUUAUGUACCUAGCUAGCAUCAGAUACGUUAGGUAGAUAAGUUUCUCCGUAUCGCGAAAGCAAUGUGCAGGUCACAUAACCCUUUUCA